UCUGCUCUCCCUUCGUCCCAUUGCUUCACUUAUAGUACCAGCUUGCUUCACUUUUCAGAAAGCUACCAUGAACAUAUGUGGUGGUCCUCGAUAUCUUGGUGGACGAAGGGGCUUCUCCUCUGUUUCUGUCACUGGUGGCCUGGGUGGUGGUCGAGGCAGCUGUGCUCCUAUGUGCCAGCCAGUUGCAAGGACGCAGGGAGCUGGUGGCUACUCCAGCGUGAGCCUUAAUAACUUUGGUGGUGGAGGUCGAAGGAUUGCUUGUGGUCAGGGCUAUGGAGGACAAAUCUAUGGUGGUAUUGGUGGUAUGGGCAUGGGCGGUCAAGGCAUGGGCAUGGGUGGACAAGGCAUGGGCAUGGGUGGACAAGGCAUGGUUAUGGGUGGUCAAGGCAUGGGCAUGGGUGGACAAGGCAUGGUUAUGGGUGGUCAAGGCAUAGGUAUUGGUGCUCAAGGCAUGGGCAUGGGUGGUCAAGGCAUAGCCAUGGGUGGUCAAGGCAUGGGCAUGGGUGGUCAAGGCAUGGGCAUGGGUGGUCAAGGGUGUCAGGGUGGCUUUGCAGGUUAUGGUAGGAUGGGAGGUUUGGGUGGCGGCAUGCCAUGCAGAGGCGAAGGGAUCCGAGGUGUCUCGAUGGAUGAACGCCUCUUGAAGCCACUUUCGGUUGGAGUUGAUCCAGAGGAGCAGAAAGCACGCACACAUGAGAAAGAGGAGAUGAAGACCUUGAACAACCAGUUUGCCUGCUUCAUCGAUAAGGUCCGAUCCCUGGAGCAGCAGAAUAAGGUGCUUGCCACCAAGUGGGAGCUUCUGCACCAGUGUGUCCAACCUGCAAGGAAGAACCUUGAAGGCUACUAUGAGAAUUUCCUGGCCGCACUUAAGAAGCAGCUAGAAUGCCUCUUGAGUGAGAGACAGAAACUGCAACAUGAACAGAAGAACAUGCAGGAACUGGUAGAGGACUACAGGUCAAAAUAUGAAGAGGAAGUCAAUAGGCGCACAUCAGCAGAAAAUGAAUUUGUGGUGCUCAAAAAGGAUGUUGACAGCGUAUUCCUCACCAAGGAGGAACUAGAAUCCAAAGUAGAUGUGUUGGCACAAGAGUUGGAAGUCCUGAGAUGUGUCUUUGCAGAGGAGUUGGCUCAGUUCGACCACCAGAUUGGUGACACCUCGGUGGUUCUGAAAAUGGACAACACGCGAGACUUGGACAUGGACCUCAUCCUUAAAAACGUAGAAGCCUGGUAUCAGAAUAUUGCUCAUACCAGCAAACAAGAAGCCGAAGCUUUUUACCACAACAAGAUUGCAGAAAUGCAGAACCAUCGGGGCAAAUUCAACGAAGAGCUUAAAUGCAACCAGCAUGAGAUCACAGAGCUGAACAGAGUGAUCCAGAGGCUGCAUAGCGAUACUGACAAUGCAAAGAAGCAGGUUGCAAGCCUGCAGUCAGCUAUCUGCGAUGCUGAGCAGCGUGGUGACAUUGCCCUAAAAGAUGCACGGAGCAAGCAUGUUGAACUGCAGACAGCCUACCAGCAGGCCAAAGAUAAAUUAGCUUGCCUGCUUCGUGAUUAUCAAGAGCUGCUAAACACCAAGCUGGCUUUGGAUAUUGAGAUUGCUACUUAUAAAGCAAUGUUGGAAGGAGAGGAGAACAGGAUAUGCACAGGGAACCCUGUCAGCGUUGCUAUGGUGAGUGGCGGCUUCCCGGUUGGCGAAUGUGCACCUGGAGCUGGAAUGGCCUUUGGAGCUGCUGUAGGAAGAGGCGUAGAACAUGGAGUUGGUGCCUACGGCGGCGUUGGGGAUGGGUUCAGCUCUGGAAGUGCAGGAUGCGUCCACACAAUGGGCUCCCGAACUGCAGCUGGCUCAGUAGGCAGAGCGGCCGGUGUUGGUUAUGGGAUUGGACAUAGCGCUGGAGUAGGAGUUGCAGGAGGGUUCAGUUCCAGAAGCGGAGGCUACGCUUCGAGCAUUACUACCGCUAAGCACGAGGUGACCUCUGGGGGUGGGAGACACAGCUCAGGCAUUUCUACAGAAGGGAGUUGUGGGGGUGGCCACCAUGGUGGGAUCCACCAUGCAGUAGGGGGAGCCGGAGGAAUUAGCUCCUCUGGGAGCGGGGGCUAUGGGGUUGGAGUGCAGAACUUGGCUGCUGGGGGGGCUUAUGGCACCGGGUCUGGUGGAGGCAUGCUAUCAGCUAUAUAUGGCGGUUCUCGAGGGGACUGCACCACCGGUGUUAGAAAUGUGCAUGUAACAUCCGUCAGUUCUUCAUCCAGAAAAUGCCUCCACUGA